UCAUAAGGGAGCGUGUCCCUCAACCAACCCGAUUUAUUUGAGACCUGGAUGAUCAUAGUGAAUCAUAAAACAUGCGGAUUUUAACUUGGAAUAUCAAUGGAAUUAGGGCUAUGAAGACUCCUUUGAAACAACUAUUUGAUUUCCUGAAUGCUGACAUUAUUUGCCUCCAAGAAACAAAAAUAACAAGAGACCUUCUUGACGAACCAAUUGCAAAUGUUGAAGGGUACAAAAGCUUUUUCAGUUUCUCGAAAAAAAGGAGUGGUUAUUCAGGUGUAGCCAUUUAUUGUAAGGAUGCAGUUGUACCUGUCUUAGCCGAGGAGGGAAUAUCUGGAGUACUUACAGCAUCUCAGGAGGGUAUCGGUUGCUAUGGAGAUACGUCAGAUUUUUCUGAUGAAGAUCUACAUGCACUGGAUUCUGAGGGCAGGUCAAUUAUGACGCAACAUAAAAUAUGUGUAGAUGGACAUAUGAAGGAUUUAGUGGUCAUUUGUGUCUAUUGUCCAAGGGCAGCUUCCGAGAAUGAGGAGAGGCAAGCCUACAAACUGAAAUUCUACCGGCUUUUGCAGACCAGGGCAGAGGCGUUGGUCAAGGCUGGACGGCAUGUGGUGAUUGUCGGUGAUGUGAAUUCUUGUCAUCGACCAAUUGACCAUUGUGACCCUCAAGACGAGGAAUACUUCAUGUGCCAGCCUGGGAGGAUGUGGCUGAAUCGCUUUUUGGUGGAUCUUCACGAAACAGAAACAGAGGAGCCGAUUGGUGAAGAUGUGGGUAAUGAUGAAAAUGGUUCAAUAACUGAGCAAUCAGAGAAACUCUUUGUCGAUACAUUUCGAUUCAUGCAUCCUACCAGAACACAUGCGUUUACCUGCUGGUGCUCUAUGACGAGUGCUAGGCAGACAAAUUAUGGAACGAGGAUUGAUUACAUAUUUGCAGAUGUUGAGCUUUUGAAGACCGAGUUCUCUACCUGUGACAUCAUGCCAGAAGUGGAAGGAUCUGACCAUUGUCCCGUCAAGGCAGAACUCAAAUGCAAAGUUGUUCCUUCCGAGAAAUUGCCGCCUCUAUGUUCAAAAUUCAUGCCAGAAUUCAGUGGGAAACAACAGAAGUUAUCCAGUUUCUUUACAAAACUAUCACCAAGUAAAAAGCCAAUGGCUUUGCCUGCGCCUGCUAAAGGCAGCAGCGCCUCAAAACAAAGUGGAACGCUUAAGAGAACUGCAAAACCUUAUAGUACUAACAGUAAAAGCAAGAAACUAAAAACUGAUGUUAAUAAAGGAAACCUAUUUCAAUUUUUUAAUAAGACAAAUUCAAAGAGCUCUGAAAAUGAAAUGACAACACCCCAAAAAGUGAUCAAAGACGAAGAGAAUUGUGUUAAGGAAAUUGAAACCAGAACCUUAGACGAAUCACAGAAAGACAGUCAAACAGAAGAAAAAAAUGAGGAAAUUUCAGAGCCUUCAAGUCAAGGUAGUAAUGCAUCUUGUGAAGAAUCAACAAGUGAUGCCACAAAUUCAAAGGGCAAAACAAAACUGACCUCCUCCUGGAAAGCGUUAUUCUCUGGACCACGGCCGCCUCCUAAAUGCAAGGGCCACAACGAGGACUGUGUAAUGAGGACCGUAAAGAAAGCAGGGCCUAACUACGGCAAGCAGUUCUAUUGCUGUGCAAGAGGAGAGGGCCAUAAAUCAAACCCAGAUGCCAGGUGCAAUUUUUUUCUUUGGAAAAAAAACUAAUAUCACCGUUUAAAAUUUCUGAAUACACUUAAACCACAGGUUCUAAGUCUCAAACAAGUAGUACUAGUUGCUCAGAAGUGGUAUGUUCUUUCACAUUCUUGCGAGCCAGCCAAUUUAAGGGUCUAUGCAAAAGAAUACAGAAACGUUAACCGUCGUUAAAGUGAUGGGAAAUUUGUUUUUCUCGUUCAAAUUUUUAAUCGUAAACCAUACUGAAAUACGCAUUCAUAAAUGCAAUUCAAAUAUUGAAUUGAACUUUCAAUAUUUUUAGCUCAUGACAAACAAUACAUUUAAGUUAAGGAUGCAGAUUAUGUACUUAUUUUAACAAAUCAAUGAUCAGGCAGUGAUUCAUAGUGGGAGUCAAGUGGAGAUUUUUAAGUUAGGAUGGCAGAAUUGUUCAUUUAUAUCACUAUAUAAGGGAAGAAUCAUGUCAGUAACUUGCAUCAGCAAACAAACAUG